AUGCUUAAUGCGCCAACUUUGCUAGCUAUUCGUCAAAAGCUACUAUCGUCAACUAGUUGGACCCCUGGAUCACCCCGGAACCGCUCGGCUGCUGCUUCUGGUAGCCCCCCAGUGAACCGCAGACCCGGUCGCUUGAAGCAGAGCAUCCUGUUCCGUCGACGCCGGAUGCACUGCAAGUGUAGUACCUCGGGCGACCACAUGGACGCAACGACACGAGAAAUACAUCAGCGCUCGCGCACAUCAAUUUCCGCAAGCUCGUAUGUCUCGACCUGCAGUUUUAGGGGACGAGUCUAUGGAGGCUUAGACCUUCACCAACAUGAACAGGCGAAUUGGAACCACCCUGAAAUGGCAGACAUCAAUUUGAGGAACACGGAAAGUCUCAAACCUCAAACUGGAGCGGCUCCUACUUCGAGGUUCAUUUACCGCUACAAGCUCGCACGCUUCAACAGCUAUGCUACCGCCAGAAGCGUCCCUUUCAUUUAUAGUCAACCCAUGCGAUGGAGGGCCCGCUAUGAUCUGGACAACCUGGAUUAUGUCUGUGCUGCCAUCUGCGGGCUGUCCUAG